AUGCUCUCCGAGACUAAGCAUGACCACGACGAUUCCGUGGACCGCGCCGACCAUACUAUGCCGCCAAUCGUGGAUAAUCUGACUGGCGAAGAGGCUCCUUCAUAUCAAGAUAGCGGGGACCGAAGUGAACAAGCUGGCGCAAGCACCAGUCAGGUCAAGUGCAACGUAUGCGGAAGCACAUUUCGACGCCCCGAGCAUUUGAAACGACACUUGCGCAGUCAUACCAAAGAGAAACCUUUUGAGUGUGCGCAAUGCGGCCGUCAUUUCUCACGAACCGAUACACUACAUCGCCAUGAACUGAGCCAUCAUUCCACCGGGGGUGAAGGCGGAAAGGAUCGUCCGCAUCGAAUUACCGUCAAAACAUUCAGAGCCUGUUUCGCUUGUGCAACAGCUCGGGUGAGAUGCAGUGGGGAGCGCCGAUCAAAAGCCAGGCUACGUGGCGUGAGGACGAAACGAGUUGCAGAUGAAACACAAGCGCCUCGAAGAUCACCACCUCGGUCGGAAGGUAAACAAGCGGACGGUUUGUCGCAGCCUUCUAAUAUCCCCGCCCAUCAGCUCGGGCAAUUUUCAGUCACCGAUAUGAACGAACCAACGCGCACUACCAAGAAGCUGCAAGCAUCAAGCCACGAUGAGUCCCGCGUAGCUGCAGCAUCAUCGCGUGACUCGCUCAAUCGAAUUCGCAAAGCGUCCUCAGGUCGCUCUCAGGUAGCUGCUCCGCCUUUAGAAUCUGCCGUUGGAAUCGAAGGCCACGUCACAGAUGCAACAGACUUCAAUCAAUCAGGCAGAAGCUUUGGGACUGAGAUCCUAGGGAUUGACCUGGCAAACUCCUCGGAGUUGGCCAUUGGCUUUGAGUCUACGAUUUUUGAUCAAGCACCAGUCAACACGAUUGACUGGUUGCCGAAUGAGCUAUUUUUGGGCAACUCUAGUGAUCAUUCCUUUGCUGCAGUAAACUCACAACAGGUAUUGCACAAUGCGCCCCAUCACAGUCCAACCACGCGAUCCAUUUGGCAUCCCGCGAUUAUUGAAGAAAGGAAUGCCGACUUCACGGGCCCUAUUAGGAGAAUGCACAAGUCAUCCAAUUCUAUGUCUUCAAGAAGACCCCAAACGAUGGCGAGACGUUUUUCCUGUCUAGAUGGCGAGCCUUCAGCGCCUGCUGGCCCAAAUGCGAUGGGCAAGCGCUCGGCGAGCUUUCACAUUGAUGCUGUCAACGGCGGAUCAUCGAGACUCAGAAAGCACCAGGAUAGGAUUCAUACAGCGAAAUUACCCUCUUCCACGGGCCAUGAGUUGUCUGAAGGACCUUCUACUCGCUUCGGGUUUCCCAAAGUUACAGGACUGUCUCUCGGGAGUGCCUCUGAAGAAGCUCUGCGCCUAACUCGACCUAUUCAAAUCUCCGUCUAUGAGGAGAUUCAUCGAAACUUUCUGUUCCUUUGCCGGAACACUCACACAAUAUUCGACAUGUUCGAAAGCGAAUACUUUCCAAAUCAAGAAGAAUGCACGCAAUACUUGGCUUGUUACUUCGACUCGUUCCAGGCCGUCUACCCGAUAUUCCACGUUCCCACGUUCGAUGUAAAUCAACAUCAUUGGAUUCUUGCGCUGGCCAUGAUGGCGAUUGGAUGCCAAAGUCCGAAACACGAGAGCUCCAAUCGAAUACGUCUCGCAUUCCAGGAAAUGCUUCGACGAGCCAUUGUUGUCGAGGUCAGCCAAGCCUGCCUCAUUACUCGAUUGGACAGCACUGACGAUUCACAGAAAGAAAAAAGCCCGAUCACUCCAGCGAGGUUAGAUGUACUUCAGGCGAUGCUCCUGCGUUGUAUUGGAGUCUUAUAUAACAACGGCGAAACGGAGAGAUCCUCCGCCUUGGGUCUUUUCAAACAGCUUGUCAAAUUGUCUGAAGACAACAAGCUUCUUGUCAGCAUCAGUCCAGAACAGAGUUCAGAGCAGGCAUCCAAUGAAGUUCUUUGGCUCAGCUGGAUUGAUAACGAGAUCCGACGACGUACCGGUCACUGCAUUUGGCUCGUGGACUGCUCGCUCGCUUACGAGUUCGACGAACGACCGCAGCUCUCUCUAGACGACGGACAAGCUCUAUUGCCAGCCAGUGACAAACUUUGGCAAUGCAAGUCGGCUGAAGAAUGGAUAUCACUGUUGGAUAAGCACACAGUCAACCAAUCGCUCUAUGACUCUGUUCACGUCUUGUACAUUGAAAAGAAACUCGCCCCCGGGCUGAGCGACUUUAGCUAUACCCUUCUCAUUCAUGCUUUGUAUCAUCGCAUGUGGGAAGUCGGUGAUUACUUUCGCCGACCACUGUCAUUUUGGAAUCCCACGGCCAAGAAGCAGUCCCGAGAGACUGCUAUCCCAAAUGGGUCUGUGUGGUUACCAGGUAUCCCUUCGUAUUCGAAAUGGCGCAACAGCGCAUGCGACUGCCUGGAAAUUCUACAUUGGACUGCGAAUACCGCAGUCACCGGAGUCAGCAGGCCGGACAGACCUGCCAUAGUACACCUCCAUGCCGCCCGAUUGAUUCUUUUAACACCAUUUCAGGAAAUCCGGUCACUGGCCACAGAUCUGGUCACAGACAGGCUACAAUGGAGUGACCGUCAUCGAGCGAUCCAAUGGCAGUACGUCUGGCGAUGGAUUGUCCACGACCAGUACAAGGCUCGGUUGUCGGUUAUCCAUGCUGGCGCAGCUCUUUGGCACGUUCAGCAAUAUUCAAAGGACUCAUUCCAUGAGCCCAUUAUCACUUUUCUCGCGGUCCUUGUCCUCUGGGCUUAUGGAUCGUGCUCUGUUCUGUGCUCUAAAGAACUCAGCCCUCGCUUGCCACCUCGUCAAAAUCGCUCACUGCAUCCCAUGAGGUCCAUACGCUUGGACCGACCAUGUGAUGACGAGCAGGUUCAGCAAUUCGUCCGUGGAGGUGAUUCCGUGAAGGUGAGCAUGACAGGCAUUCAAGACCUAUGUGCGAUGGAUGGCCCCGAGAGUGUGCUACGACUUGGUUGUGAGAUACUGUCAAGUUUAAAUACUUGGGCUCAGUCGAAGAAAUACAUGGCAGUUUUGACGGGACUGGCCAGCGUCAUGUCACAUUACUCUGAGGCCGAGCGCAGCCACGACGCAGACAUGAACGGCCGGGGAACGUUCUCGGCUCUCAUGAGAGAUGACUGA